AUGUUCUCGUACAAUAAACUAAUCCAUGGAAAGAAAAACCUUAUCGCAUGUCAGAACUGUGGCCGCAUGCACGAGUUGCACACCAUCUGUGGCUAUUGUUACCAAAAAGUACGGCAGGAAACUGAGGCAAUCAAACAAAAGCUGAUGACGGAUAGCGAAAGACAUGUGACAGAUCGAGAAAAGGUUGUUUUGUACAGUGACGAAGUUUUGUCCGAAAAGGAGGCGGCUGAAAAACACAUAGUGGAGUUGAAGAGGCCACGUCCAUCUUGGCUCAGCGAAGAGCUGAAAAAGCGAUGGAGUAGACCAAUCAAAGGUGCAGAAGAAAAUGGUUCGAAACAGCAAGAGACAGCGGAGAGCAAGGACUGA